AUGUCUUCCACGUUGGCCCGGACGUGGCAGUCGUCAGUUCUGUUGUGUGGAAAUCCUUCUUUUGAACCGCAUAGGAGUUAAAAUAUUUCACUACAGCCUCACCUUAAUCCGAGGAAGCAUUGCAUCCGUAGAUCUACACCUUGUCGGACAGUUAUGGGGCUAACUAUCUCGUCCAUUUUCGGUCGGCUCUUCGGGAAGAAACAAAUGAGAAUUUUGAUGGUUGGGCUGGAUGCUGCAGGAAAAACAACAAUAUUGUACAAACUGAAGCUUGGAGAAAUCGUAACCACUAUUCCCACCAUCGGUUUCAAUGUGGAGACAGUGGAAUAUAAAAAUAUCAGCUUCACUGUUUGGGAUGUCGGCGGUCAGGACAAGAUCCGGCCUCUCUGGAGACAUUACUUUCAGAACACGCAGGGCCUCAUUUUUGUAGUGGACAGCAAUGACAGAGAGAGAGUGACUGAAUCUGCAGAAGAGCUAUCAAAAAUGCUGCUUGAAGAUGAACUGAAAGAUGCGGUUUUGCUGGUGUUUGCUAACAAGCAGGAUCUUCCUAACGCCUUAUCGGUCAGUGAACUGGCAGACAAACUUGGCCUGCAAGCUCUUCGCAACAAAACUUGGCACAUCGAAGCUACCUGCGCCACCCAGGGCACCGGCCUGUAUGAAGGACUGGACUGGCUUUCCAGAGAGUUGUCCAAGAAUUAAUCAACCACAAACUGAGCUGCGGAGAGAGACUGACCAGCACCGGACAGAAAAGACGGCACCUUUAACCAAUCCUGGCGUUUAUGGACAGUAUAAUCAACUACAACAACCUUCACAAAUUUUUCUUUUUGUUUUUUUUGUUACUGUGUCAUCAUUGAUUCUCGACACGCUGGGUUUUCUUAUUUUUGUUUCCAUGCAUUUAAAGCAUGUGAACAUGUUUUUUUUUUUUUUUCUUUCUGCCCCUCUCUGUGCUGUUGGCCUCCAUAACAGACCCUUCUGUCCUCUGAUGUGUCUUCAAACCUUCAUCUGUUCUGACUCUGAAGGCCUGUUGAGAGUAGUGAGCUUCUGUGAGGAUCAGUUAGUUUGUGAAUGUGGAGCUUGCUUAAAAAGAAGGGAACUGUGCCUUUUUGCUCUUCUUUCACACAUGUCAGUUAUCUAUUCUUUGAUUAUAAAGUCAUUUUUUCUGCCCAAGCUGCUUUUGUGUUUGUAUGCUUUUCACUAAAAAAACAAGAGAUUUCUGUUGUAAGCUGUGCCUCAGCAGAUCUACAUCACUGUGAAAGUAAAAGUAAGGUCAAAAUGCAAAUAAUUCAUCGCUUUGGACUUGAUCCAGCCUGAGUUUGUCCUCACUCCUUUUGUUUUUCUAUGCAAUCACGAUAAAAAGAUUGAAGAAUC